CGAACGGAGUGAAGUUUCGUGCGAUCGUGAAUGUGAAAUUCGUCGACGGUGAAUUAUUACGAAUUUUUCUAUUUAUAAUACCGACAACAGGGAAAAUAUUUAUGCAGUCCAACCGCGAGGAAAGUUUGCUGCAUUCAUGCUUCGGCUCACUGACGAGCGCCUUCAUGGGUUGCUGCUACAGUAUUUGCCACAAAGAAACCGAUCCCCAGGAGAAUGUAGUGAAUGAGCGCACGCACCUGCUAGAGGUGCCGGAGCAGCAGCAAGAGACGCCAUCGCCUACCGCGUGCGCGUCCACGCCGCCGCGCAAGUCCGACGAGCAGACGGCACUCAACAGGAUACUGCACGAGACUGCCACAAACGUAAUAGACGUGGGAGCCCUAGGCCCCUACUCCCUCGAAGCGGGCGCCUACAGCGAGCGUGUCCGCGCGUACACCGCCCGAGCGGCCAGCGCAGCUCUGCCGCCGCCCGCGCCGCCCCGGCUCCUUGCGGACCUGCCGCCCGCCGUCCGGCGGCAGAUGCUCGCCGCGCCGCCGAUCAACAGCACUGACAAGGAACUGAUAACGAACGCUGUCAAAAAAGCCGCGUCAGCGAUAUCGGAGUUACGCGUGGAACAUCACGAAGACCUCGUGGUACCGUUCCGGGUUCCGUAGCAGCGGAGUACCGCCUCGAUGUCCGAGGACGAACGAUACUGAGGCACUGCGGACUAGGACUGGUGAGAGAGGGAGGAAUAGGGGUGACUCGAGACAUUAACAUUCACUUUCAAGGGUAGAAAUGAUCUAUAGGAACAUUGACAGAUUCACUUACAGGGGUAGGAAUAUUCUUUUUAUUUUUUACAAGUUAGCCCUUGACCACAAUCUCAUCUCACGGUAAGUGAUGAUGCAAUCUAGAUGGAAGCAGGCUAACUUGUUAGGAGUACGAUGAAAAUCCACACUCUUUUCAGUUUUCAAAUGACAUUGUACUGGAAAGCUAAGUUGUUUGGCAGUACGGAUUUGCCAGUAUGGUGGUAACUAGCCACGGCUGAAGCCUCCUACCGAUCCAGCCGGAGAUCGAACUUAGGACCUCUGUCUUAUAAAAGGAACAUUAACAAUUCUGUCUUUAAAAGUGAAUGUCAUAAAUUUGGUCUGUGUAAUUUGGAAAAGCAGAAAUGGUCCAUUAGUGGCACCGUCACUUUCAAGUGUAGAAAUUAUAGAUUCAAGUGGAGAAAUUAUAUACCUAUAGGAAAAUUAAGAUGAUUCACUUUCAAGGUCAUAAAUGGUAUAUUAAAUAACAAUAUCAAUAGAUUUACUUUCAAGUGCAAAAUUGACAUACAUUUUCAAGGGCAUAAAUGAUCUAUAGGAAAAAUGACAGAUUCACUUUCAAGGGCAGAAAUGAUCUUUGGGAAAAUUUACAAAGAAGACCAGAAAUAUACUCAUAGGCACAAUUACCCGCCCACUUUAAUAUACUCGCGUCAUAUUAAAGAGGGCGGAUAAUUGUGCUUCUGUGUGUAGUUUAGUUUAGAAUAUCUCAUAAACCAUAAAAAGUACCCCUAUUCCUCUAAAAUAUAGGAUUGUGUGGUUGUGUAAAUAAAAUACGGAAAAGCAGUGUAAAUGGACAAUUUGUAUUAAAAAAGUUAUACUAUUACAUAUAAUUAAAUGGUUAUUUAUAUCCUUUGUUUAGUAUGCUUAUGCUUAAUUCAUUUAUUAUAGAAUAUUAUGUGGUUUGAUUGACGAUUGUAACCCAUCUGUUAUGUGAAUUUAUAAAACUAAUUUACCAUUGAUAUUUUAAAAAUAUAUUAUAGUGGAUUUGACCUGGUUGUAGAAAUAAUUUAAGAAACGAAAAGAAAAGGUUUUUUUUGCAGGAUCACUAAAUGCCAAAUAACUUUGGCAUUUUAGUAAUCCUGAAAUUUUAUUUGGUAUACAAUUUGUUUAUCAUACAAUGGCUUGUGUUGCUUUGUAGUCAUUCAGUGUUUUCUGGGACAAGCACUGAAAAAUUAUAUGUCAUUAUAAUAUUGGAAGGUAUUUAUAGAAUUAAAGUAAAUAAUUUGUCAUUUUUAUUAUUUUUACAGCAAAACAUCCCUAAAAUCGACUUCAUAUUUAUCGUAUUAUACCAUAUUAUAGUAUAGACAUGUGUACAUAAUACAUCAGUAUUUUGAAUACUAAAGGAUUGUUGACCCGUUUAUUUCCACAGCCAAGUUGAAUGCACUAUAAACUCGUAUGUACUGACACGUGUAUUAAGCUUUUUACUAAAUUGACUACAAUUAAGGCUGACUUACAUUAUUCCAUUCCAAUGUUGUGCCUUCUAAUGUUUCAAUGUGAUGCAGUAGCGACAUGAUUAUUAGCUAAUCUAUGUGGUCUAUGGUGGUUUUCAAAUAGCAAGGGUACCGUGACAGUUUGUUUCGCUCUUGAAAGUUGUCCGAUAAUAGUACUUAUUAUGAACGUCAUAUGGCAACUGUCACUGUACCCAUGCUAUCUGAAAAACACUUUAGUUAUGGAUUCUUGAGGGAGAACAAAAAUAAAUACAUUUGAAGUGGCAUGGUUGUGUUCUUAAUGCAGGUAUUAUUUGCUUUUAAAUGUGACAAUUGAAAAUCUGCGUGAUAGUAUCUACAUGAAGUACUUUUAUUUUCAGAACUUUUUUUAUUUAUUCAGUAACUUUUCGUAAGUGCAAAUACUAUUAAAUUAGACACUACAGUUAAUUACAGAAUACAAUCAUACGUCCAUUAGUGCUUUAGUUUUAAAUUCAAUUUAUCCAAAUUCAAAUUCAAAGUUAAUUGAUUUCAAGUGGGCUCAGUAUACAAGCACUUUUGAAACGUUUGUAGUGACUAAUAUGUUACCAUCUAUUGGGAUCCAAAAAAUCCAUGUAUGUUUCUCUUAAAACAUACUAUGAUUGUCUAUAUUAAACAUACUAUGAUUGUCUGUAUUUUGCUAGGAUAAAUAAAAAAAAUUAAGUUAGUAUAGAAAUGCUAACACAGAAAUGUUUCAACAUAGUUUCAGUUUCACAGUGAUGCAAUUAAUUUUAUCAAUUGAAUGGAGUAGUGUAAAUUGGCCAUUAGUAAGAGCGUUUUUUAGUUCAGUCAAUUUAGUAUAAAGCUCAGUGUACCUAUAUGUAUAUUCAAUGACUGAAUAAUAAUUAUGUUACAAAUUCCAUUAAAAUAUUGAAAUUAUUAUGCUACGUGAUAAUAAGGGCUUAUACACACGGACGUUUAUUGGUCAUGCAAGCAAAUUGCAGUACAAGAAAAUUGUUCAAUAUGAUUAUUAAACAUUUAAAAUCGCUAAGGAAUCUUUUUCACACAUAUGUAUAUCACUCACUAUCUUUUGGUUAAUUUGGCCAGUUUGAGUUAUCUUUAUUCAGUGUUUUACUUACAAUAUAUUGCCAUGUGCUUAUAUUAAUUUUACUAUACACUCUGCAUUGAAGCAGUAUGGUAGGUAAUGCCUUUCGCUUAUACAAGGCUUGUCUAAUAGAUGUUUUAAAUAAUACUGAUGAUAUAAAAGUCAAGUUUAUCAAGAAAAUAGUUCUAGUUUACUGUAGUGUUUUUCAGAUAGUAUAUGUGCGGUGACAAUUCGUUUCAUUCUUGAAAGUUUGCCGCGAUUCACGUUAAUAGUAUAUUAUGAACGUCAUAAAGCAACUGUCAUCCACCCAUGCUAUCUGAAAAACACUUUGUUAACAAAAAGGUUAAUAUUAAUUUCUAUAAAAACAAUUAGCAGUAAAACGUCCGUGUGUAGCCGCCUUGUGCCUUAUAGUCAUAUCAAUGUUAUAACUCGACUCUCAAUAACUUUCUACACAGAAAACUAUUGAGAAAGAUUUUGUAAUUAUAAUUAUUUCGAUUCUGUAGUUUAGAACGAACGAAGUGAGAAAAACAAAAACUGAAUAUCUAACAGUUUUAACUCCUCAUGAUCAAUGAAUAGUAAAAGCAAAAUAUCUAACUUAAAGAAAAGUAAGAGAUGUCCAGCACUAUACGUUAAGCGUUCCCUGAAAAAUCUCAUAAAUUUCGUCCAACUAUUAUCACCUAUCAUACAUAGUUGUGACUGUAUCUAAAAUGGCGACUAGAUUAUAUUAUUAUAUUAUAUUAUGUUCUAUUUAUUUGUCACCUGAAUAGCAUAAUCUUUGCAAAAGACGUGCAGUUUUAACUGAACUGUCGAACAGUGUGCCUAGUCAGAGUUUUCAAUAUUUUCAUUAUUGCAGUUUGAUACUAUGACGAUCGCGUUAACGUUAACGUGAAUUUAUACGGAAUUGAAACAGUUGUGCAGUAGUGCCGCUAGAUGGCGCUGUUUCAAUUCCUUAGAAAUUCGCGCUUACGUUAACGUGAUCAAACUGUCACUAGGCCCUCUGUUCAGUUAAAUCUUCGGUGUUUAUUGUAUCAUCAGUAUCAAGUCACAUUUCGACGUUAUCAUAUCGACUCAACUGGACAAGUGGUGUGACUAAAUAGAAUAGUUGGCUAAUAGAUUGAAGAUAAUGUCGUAUUAAUAUGUCGAAGGAUAUUCUACAAGUUGGACAUUUACGCUAAUUUCAGGGAACAUUUACGACAAAAAAUAGACGCAAAUUCUAAUACCGGAUCUACGCGAUUGUUAUUUAGACUUCAAUAUUUUGUAUUGAAUUUCAACGAUAUGAUUUUUUUGUUAUUGAAUAUCUUACCUAAUUAUCAUUGAUCUGUGGUCUUUCGCCAUGUUGUUAGUUAUAAAAUGAAUUUAAUUUAUAAGCAGUUACGUUGAAACGAAUGAUUUUGCAUGUAAACAGAAAUAAAUGAAAUUUGUAAAUUGUAUAGUAGUUUUGUAUGCUCCGUAAAUAAUUACUCCAGUGUGUCGAAUCCGAGUUUGUACGUAGUCGAUCGCGUAAACGUAAACUUGAAUUAAUAUAGAAUUAAUAUCACAAUACGAACCUUAGGCGAAUCUCCUUGCUUGAGAAAGAGCAGAGAAACUAGCUUCCCCGAUAUUUGUUAUUUAUUUUCGAUUUUUCGGGUAAAUAGAGCCAUCUAUUUAACUUAUGGUGUUUUCUCUUGUUGUAACUAGAUUUACAUAUAAAUUCAAGUGUGCUAUUCCGUGGUCCUUGAAAAAAAUAUUAGUGACAUUUGUCUAAUUUUGUGGGUAAAUAGAAAACUCGAGACUAUUGCUGGAAUGAUCUUGGAAGAAAACUUUCGAUCUACAUAAAUGUUGUAUCAAACUUCUGGUUAGCUCUAAUUCGCUCUGAAACGAACGAAGUCAUAAACCUUCGAUAAAUAACAUUAUCGACAUAAAAGAAAUAUAUUCUGCUAAUUUCAACCUUGUAGAGUGUUAUCUCUAUCGCACAAAGGUUCAUUACAGCCACACAACCGAACCAUCGCCUCGCCUCGUAACAUCUUGCGAGCUUUGCAAUCCUUUAGCUUUUAAAUGCUCCCACUGCAAAUCAGCGCUGCAGGUAGCUGCCGAUUUAAGUGGGUGACCUGUAUUUGGUCAGUUCGUUUUUUUUUCAUAUCUUUUUUAUUUAAUUUUGUAUCCUUUUUUUUCAGCUUAGCUUAUCUUUAACUACUGACCGAAUAUUUUUUUUUCUGUCUUUCGAUCCGCUGUCACUACGUUGAUGACAAUCUUCCUUAGAAAUCUACAUAUUAAAUACUAACCGCUCGCCGAAGCGGUGCUGAUCUGUUGCAAGGUGGCUUUAAUAGACAAUGACUCUUAACUACGACUACUUAGGCACAAUAUUUAUUCACAACUGAGAAGUUUGGGACAACAUUGAGUGUAUUCAAACUAACCCUGUAGCAGUGGAGGUUGAUUUGUAUCUUAUUGGAUGCAUUCUUAAUCGGUAUAUGUAUAUAGAUAUAGAUGAUUUAUCAAAAGUGAACACAAAAGGAGUUUUUAAUUAAAAAUUAAUUAUAACAAAAUUUUCCAAGACAUCGUGCCAAAGCUCAUUAAUAAUGCAUUCAGUUCAAGAAAAUUAAUAAUUAUUAUCAAGGUGCUUUGGGUUUUAUUUAUUUGCCAUCAGUAAAGUCUGUAAGGCUUUAGAUGUAAGCCAUAUAUUUAGAUUUGUAAAUAUAUCGCUCUCUUUCUCGUCCCAUAUGAAUAUCAUUUAGGCUUUAUCUUUUGUUGCGAUGGUACAAAAGAGAGAUAGAUCUAUAGGUCAAAAUUAUCUCGUAUCGUCUCAUAAAAUGACGACAUAUAUUAUAAUUAAAUAAAUGCAAGGCAAUAAAUGUUAUAGACUUAGUAGAUUAUCGCAAAUUAUUAAAUAUAUCCUAAAGCAUGGUAGGCGAACCUUUAUGCAUCAACGUGCCAUUUUUUUCUAAAAAAUGUUUAAUGGGGUCAUUGGCGUGCCAUCAAAUAAUUUUGACUUUCUGAUUAUUUGGAGAAUAACAAUAAUAAAUACUAUCAAAACUCUUUAUGAAAUAAAGUAAACAAAAGAAGUAAAUUUUGGAAUGUUUUUAUUACACGCAUAAAUUAAAUUAUUGUAAAAUUAGUGUGACUUCUGUUGCUGCAGGUUAGAUGACAAAUAAUUUAUGUCAAAUACCUACUUAACACAUGUUUUAUGAUCGGCGACGUGCCCAAAAUAUUGUGUUGCGUGCCAUUGGUUCGCCUACCCUGUCCUAAAGCAUCUUAUAUUCUGCUGUUUAUUUUAAGGUCGCUGCAUACGGAACGGGUUAAGGAUGCGGACGGGGCGGUGACGGGACGUAGCAGUUGAAGCGUCGUCCGUCUCGUCCACGUCCAUUAAAAGAGGCUUUACGCCACCAUCACCACCGUGAUUGAUAUGAUCACAGUCACGAAAAUUACGAUUGUAAAAUUAGUGGUGGAUGUACCAGUAGGCUAAGUAGGCUGAAGCCUAGGGCGGCAGAUUUUAGGGGGCGGCAAAUUUGACCCAAAAACUUUCUCUUCUAUAGAAAUAAAGAAAACGUAACGACAAUUUUAAUGUUUAAGUCCUGUACAUCCUGUACAGUCUUAUUAAAAUAUUAAAACUUGCAAUUUUAUUGACAGAACAACUACGAAUUGAAUAUCGAAUUUUAUAAUUCAGUAGGGCCUGCAAAAAUUCAUUAGCCUACUGGCGGCAAAAUUCUAAAUCCGCUAUUGAAAAUUUUCGUGACUACGAUUGAUGAUGACAAACACAUAGUAGGUAAAUUCGGGUAAAUAGUUGGCAACAGUUCUAAAAAAAAAUUGUGUCUAUGCGACUUUGCCUAGGUCUAAAUUAAUUCACACUACGCCUCUGGGACGUGGUGUUACCUAUAUAAACGCCACGACGCUGUACUAUCCGUGCUCCUUCGACGUAUACGUGAAAUAACAUUUACAAAUCUUGUCGUCCCGCCUUGUCCGCGACAAAACCCGUUACGUGUGCAGAGACCUUUAGUCUUUAUUUGUUUCAGUUUAUGUUCAGUGCGAGAAUUUAUUUUGUUUUACAAAGUCCUUUAUAGAAUGCGAGGAUGAGUAUAUUUGAAUGAAUGCAUGUUAAUUCAGUUAUUACGCCAUUAUAGAUGUACCUUUUAAAUAAUAAAUGAUUAAAUUUAUAUUAUGAA